AUGAGAUACGCAUUCGCUCCCCUUGCAUUCGGCCUCGGAGCCAACGCUCUCGUCGCCCGUACGAACACACAGUGCUUCAAGCUCCAAGCAUCUGGCGGCGCAUCAGGUGUACUUGGCCAACUCGACGACGGCCAGAACCGCGUUGGCGGUGGCCAUCCUACCGGCUGCUACUGCUUGGACAGCAACGGUGGCUUCACUGAUUCCAAUGGACGGGGUUGCAUCUUGACCCCUCCUACCACGCAGUUCCAGUGCGAUGUUGGUGCCACCCCCACCAACGGCUUCGCAGUCAGCUCUGGCGGCGGCGUGACCUACAACGGCUCCGGCAAGUUCUACGCCUGCCCCGUCAAUGACAACGGCGAGUACAACGUCUACACAACCCCUGCCCCUGGUCAGACGAAGUGUGUUGAGAUCUCUCUUGCGUCUGCUGGUUCAUGCGGAGCUGGCGCGUCCCAACCUGCUGGCUCUCAGCCUGCCGGCACACCUCCAGCAGCUACCACUGUCGUUACCAAGACCAAGCCUUCCGAGACCCCCGUUACGACCCCCAACGCCCCAGCUUCCCAGCCGCCAUACCCAUCCGGCCCUGCUGGCACUGGACCCAACCAGCCAGGUAACACUGGCUACCCAGGCAAGCCUGGUCAAUCCGGAAAGCCCGACCACCCCGGUCAACCUGGAAAGCCCUCUCAACCCGCCCCGGAAGCUCCUAAGCCCUCUCAGCCGGCACCCGAGGUUCCCGUAGCUUCUAAGCCUUCUCACCCAGCACCUGAGGCCCCCAAGCCUACACCCGAGGCUCCCCAGCCCUCUCAGCCAGCUGUUCAGCCUCCUAUGCCCUCUUCACCCGCGCCUGGAGUUCCUCGGGAGUCCGAGUGCGUUCCCAAGGUCGUUACUGUCACUGUCACCAAGCCUGUAGCCCCUCCAGUUGUGACCAACCCUGCUCCUCCAGCUUCGACGAAGCCCGCCCCUCCAGCGGAGUCCAUGCCAGCUCCUCCUGCUGAGUCCAUGCCAGCCCCUUCCAAGCCUGCUGCGACCACGCCCGCCCCCUCGAAGCCAGUUGAGACUGUAACAUCCAUCUCCGGCAUCCCAGGUGGCUGCAACCCUGCUCACCCAGGCUCAUGCCCUUCUUCCUACUUCGACACCAUGCCCGCUCCCUCUCAGCCCGCUAUCACCGCCCCUGCCCCCUCUCAGCCAGCCGCGACAGUACCAGCUCCUUCCGUACCAGCUCCCUCCAAGCCCGCUGGCUCCUGUCCUCAGGACCUCAACGGCAACUACCAGUACCCCCAUCUGAUCGUACCCGUUGACUCCCAGAACCCUGACAAGGCCUACGGCACCUCGUACAACGGCACAAUCAACGGCCACACCUGCACCAUCUUUAACUUCGAUAUUCCCGCCUCCUAUGCCGGUAAGAAGUGCUCCACCAUGUUCAUGCUCCCCAGGAAGGAGGACCUCGAGACCUCUGACUACACCAUGUCUGGCCACGGAAAGUGCACCGUCAGCAAGCUCAAGGGCAACGCCAAUGCACAGACAACAUACAGCAACCAACCCGCUAAGGUUGGCGACGUUGCCUCAAUUGAGCUCAGCUCCGGUAACACCUACACCGUUGAGUCUGGUGACUGCGAGGCUGGUCAGACCGUGAGCUACGAGAUCUGCGGUAGCGGUGAUUUCUCCAUCAACUACUUCCAGGACUGGAACCCAAGCCCCAUCGGCCUGUACGUCCGCCAGUGCUAG